AUGGAAGAAGUGGAGAGAGUAUAUAUUUUUAACUAUGGCUAUAACUCGCCUGGCCAAGUGGCCAGGCUUGUUGGAGUCCCAGUAGCAGAAAUACUAUCUACUGCCAUUCCAUGCACUUUAAGAGGAUACCGUAGAGUAUUUGCAGGCAUUGCUGAUGAUUUCGGUGAUAAAAGUGUUGCCACUAUUGUUCAGGAUGAAACCUCUGAGAUUCAAUCAUAUGCAUUCAGUUUGAAUGCAGACUGAAUGAAGUAUAUUGAUGAGUUUGAGGAAUAUCCUAAGAUGUAUGACCGCAUCCAGGUAGACCUGGAGAAGGUUUCAGGAGAGACCUUCCAGGCAUACGUGUAUGUUAUGAAUGAUAUUACACACUUUGGAUAUCCUACUGAGGAAUAUUUGCAAGGAGUGGCUCAGACAAUAAGUGCUUUUUAUUAUCUACAAAACCUUCAGUUUGAUUACUGCAAUGUCAGUAUGGAUAUCAUCAAGGCUGAUAACUUAGAGAAAAUGGGCACAGAGACUGUGAAAGUCAGUGUUGAAGCUUAUCCAGCUGAAGUUCAGGAUGUUAUUUCAAAACUUGUUGAUAGCAGUCAUUCUUUAUCCUAAUUUAGUACUGUUCUUGAGGUAAUAUUUAUAUCCAACAACUGU